AACAAAUCUUUCGUUCUGUGUCAACUUGAAGAUUUUUAGGUUAUAAAAAUUGUGUUGAUCAUAUUUUCAUAUUUGUGGGUCACAUGAUGAUGUGAGGUGUGAUGCUAAAACUUGUAUUUCAUAAUAUUAAUUUCCUUUCAAUUCAAUGAUUCGCUUUAAACAUGAUGUAAAAGCACAUUUCCUGAUGUAGAUUAUGAGGUUGCAUUGGCAUCAUUUGUUCGUUGCUGUUUCAGACGAACAGUUCCAUAUCUUGCAAUGGAUCACUACACAUCAGACAGUAGUGACAGUGAUGCAGAUAGUAGCAAAGUGAUUGACUUGGCAUACCUUCUAUUGGAUCAGACAUCUGUCGAGAACAAGCUAGAGGAAUAUAACGAUGAAAAAGAAUCCUUUUUGGUUGAAGUUGAAAAAGCAAUACUCCAUCACAAUCGGUUGUCACAAUUGCCUGAGAAUCUAGUUUUAUUUAGGAACAUUAGCACACUUGAUAUAAGCAGCAAUGGUUUGAGAGUACUGCCAAAUAUUUCAGAACACCUCUCAUUAGUGAAACUUAUAGCUAAGAAUAAUUUAUUGCACAAUGAUUCUUUGCCAAAAUGCUUCACCAAUUGUACAACCUUAAGAGAACUGAAUCUUAGUGGAAACCAACUGACACACUUUCCUGAACAAAUAUUAGACUUUGUAAAUUUAAAAUUUUUGUAUCUUGGUGGCAAUGGAAUGCAACAUAUCUCAAAAAACAUUUGGAAAUUAAAAAACUUACAAGUAUUGGCUCUUGGUGGAAAUGAACUAACAGAGGUUCCAGCAACAUUAGGUCAAUUGUACUGUCUUCAAGCUUUAGUAUUAUGUGAUAAUAAAAUAGAAACUUUACCUGCCAAUAUUGCAAACCUACAUAAAUUGAGGUCCUUACUAUUACAUAAAAAUAAACUGAAGACAUUGCCCCCUGAAAUUGUGGCUCUUAAAAACAUGGUGGAGUUAAGUCUCAGAGACAAUCCUUUGAUUGUAAGGUUUGUGAGUGAAAUGAGCUACAAUCCAGCCAGCCUUUUAGAAUUGUACAGCAAGGACUACCAAACUGCACAAUCUGCCAUGUAGACCAGGUGACAUUCCUGCAACAUUGUUCCGAUAUCUGAAUUCGGCUCAUCGUUGUGUUAAUACUAACUGCAAAGGCGUUUAUUUCGACAACAGGGUGGAACACAUCAAAUUCGUCGAUUUUUGUGGAAAGUACCGUAUUCCACUCUUACAGUACCUAUGCUCAUCAAAAUGUGCCAAUACAAGGGAUGUAAAAGAAGAUUGUUUCGACCGUCCUUCUCGAUCAGACAUGAUGAAGAAAGUAUUGUUAGGAUGAUACUGUAUAUAAUGGAAAGUCGGAUAGUAUCUGUGAUAAAUCUAUUAUUUUCGACACUGUUAAACCGACUAAUUGAUGAAAUUAAAGUGUCCGGUGCUUUAUGAAAACGGAAAUUUUAAAUGUAUUAGUGCAAAAAUGCAAAUGAAAUUUGCAGUUUGAAAAAUAAAUUGAUUUGUGAAAUAAUAAAAUACACCUAUUGGUUGAAGCUGGUAGGUAAUGCAACGGUGCGUGGGAUUUCCACUUCUUGUAGAAUUUGCGCUUCACCGAAUUUUGAUUGAUAUUGAAGCGGUGAAAUACAAAUUCUUCAGAUAUAAUGUAAGUGCAAAUUAACAAUUAUGAAGUGUGACAAGGUAAAGAUAAACCUUAUUUGAUAAACAAUAAAAGUGGGAUUCUCUGAAAAAACAUAAGAAGCUGUUGCUUUGUCUUAGUGCUUCCAGGAAAAAAGAAUGAAAUCGCUUAUCAUUAUUAUUGCAAUAAAAAAUUGGUUCUAUCCGACUAGUCUGCGUACUUGUUUGGCAAUUGAAAACAAAACAAUUUAUGAUAAAGAGUCUGAUAAAUAAGAAUAGGUCAUAAGAUACCUACUUUGGGAAGAUUAUUUUAUGGAUAAUUCUAGAACUAUACGAGUUUAUUCUCGAAAAAAUCGCGUAAUUUCAUGCUUUGUGGCCCUUUUAAAGAUAUAGCAAGGUCAUUUCAUCCAGAGGCGGAUUCAGAUUUUACGUCUCAGCUCCAAUAAUAUCUUAUAUGCUUCCCAUAAACCUACGAUUCAAAUACAGGUUGCACCAAAUUUCGACAAGACGCUUACUAUGGUUUUUGUCGACAAUCUGCCACAAAUACAUUUACGUCCUUGUAAGGCACUACCUCCAGAACGCUUGACGCUAAAGAUCUCUCCAUAGCAACGUGAAAAACUCAAUGUCUCAUUUUCAGGAGCUAGUUUCAGGUUGAGAUUUAGGUUAACAUGCCAAAAACAUCAAUGUAUGGAUUAUAACUUAAACGUAUUUGGGUUUUUCUUAUUUUCAGUGACAACAAAAUAAUGUGGAAUUUUAGUAUGAUCUCGGUUUCAUGGCUAUCCUUUGAAAAAUACGAUAUAUUAAACACUUUAUUUAUUAUCUUCUCGAGCCCAAAAUAUGAAAUGAAAUUCCAAUCUAGCUGGUCUGUUAUAUAAUAUAUAAAUAAUAGCCAGACAACGGCGGAUCCAGGAUUUGUGUUGGUCAACCCUACCCUUGUAUUGAAUUUAUUGAAGACUAUUUCCUUUAAAAAAAAUUAUCCUUUUAUUUCUAAAGGAGUGGAGGGGUUAUUUUUUCAUUUUGUGCUUACAGUGAUAUAUUAUUACCUGGCAUAAAAUGUUCAGAAAAUAAAUAUCUUCGUGGUAUGAAUCAGUCUCUUGCAGUCUAAUCAAGACUCUAAUGCGUGUAUUACAGCCUUUUCACGUCUUCAAUGCUUAUAACCAUAAACUUUCACAAUACUGUGCAGUUUUUUAUUUGAUGACAUCUAUUUUUUUGAUGAUAAUAUCAUGGAAGACAUUUUUUUAAUGUAUUAUCAAUUGCAUAUAAGAUGGAGAGUGGGAGCUUCUGGUGAAGAUAUAAUGAAUGCAAGAUCUCUCCUUUCCUCCGUGAACUGGACCUUUUUCCUCAAUUUGUUAUGGUAGCAUUCAGUAUUGAGCGUACUGAAUACUGUCCAAGUUCAAAUGCAAAAGAAUGAAAUAGACUUGAUGAUGGCUCAAAGGUGCAUUUCAGCAGCAUUAAAAAAUUAAAAGAUUUAUUUGAGGAGCGAAAGCACACACGAUAAUUUUGUUCUGAAGGCUAAGAAUAAAUGGGAAGAGAUGGAAUGGGAAAAUUCUGGUUUUCCCAUAGUCAGAAAGAGGAAAAUAAAAAAAAAAUCGACAAAAAAGCUGCUGACUCGCCAGUGGAAAUAAACGAAAAACAUCGAAUAUAUUACUACGAAGUUUUGGAUUCAAUGAGUAACGAAUUCCAGGAACGGGCUGAAGGAUUUCGUGAAGUGAAUGAUCUGUUUGUUUUUUGGUGCCAGAGAAAUUAGUCAAUCUAAAAGAAAACGAAUUUGAAACCAGCGUCACAUUUGAUGGAAAAAUAUUCAGAAUUUUUCACUACAGAUCUAAAAUAUGAUUUAUCUAGUUUUACGAGCAUGUAUUUUUCAGAAAAUCGUAAUUUUACUAAUGACAGCCCGCUAGAUUAUUUGAAGUUCAUGAUUGCAAACAAUUUUAUAGACAUUUCUCCAGAGAGCUGCAGUUUAUUCAGAUUGUUUUUGACUUUGCCUAUCGGUUCAGCUAGUGCUGAACGUUUCAUGAGCUCUUUGAAAAUUAUUAAGGAAUACCGUCUAGCUUCUUUGGCUGAAGACAACACUCAACAACUUCUCUAUCCUCUAUAUCGAAAGAUCAGUAGCUAAUACACUCAAUUUGGAUUCUGCGAUGGAAGUUUUUGCUGAACGAAAAGCAAGACGCGGAUUCAAAUUAGAAUAAUUCUGUUAUUUUGUAUUGAAUAAAAAUUUUUUGAUCUCACAGUCUCUACUUGAUUCAGGUUAUAUAGACAUAUAGUCAAAAAGCAGAGAUAACAGUGCGCAGCAGCUACCAUUGUGCAUAUACUUGUAAGCCCCUGUUAAUAUGUGACAUCCUUAUUGCCAGCAAAAUCUGUAGUUCGAACUUUAUCUGAACAAUUUAGAUGGAUUUUACGUUAUCUAAAAUUUUUAGAUCCGCGUGAAUAUUGAAACAGUUGGACUAGCUGUUUUAUUGGCACGUUGAUUAACUUUUUGCAUCAAAUUACUAUUAAAAAACCUUUUGCACUAUCCAUGAGCUUGAUUCGGUUACUUGUGCAGGUCUUUCUAAUUUUUUUAUUCUCAGUUGCCGUCAUUAAUUUGCAAAUAGCGAUAAGUGCGGAGAUUAUCACUUUCGCAAAUAGUGCCCAGUAUAUAUCCUAUAGUAAUGCACAUUAUUUAACGUAUUUUAGUGUUGUUCACCAAGUUUGUAUUCAAUGAAAUAUUAAUCACGUCAAAUAUGACAACAACUCUCGAUCAUAUCCGUUUUUUUUCUCUCUUAUAAUUUUAUGCAAAUCCUGUAAAUAGCGUGCAUUCCAAAUUUGACUCGACGCCUUUUACUUAUCGGUAGCAUCCGUGAUAACUUUUAAACUCUAUUAUGCACAAUAAGUUUGCUGUUGAAUCAUCAAGUUUAAUUUAGUUGAAAAAAUUACGAUGCGCAUUACAACCUGUUCCGUGCCCGUGCGCACUAUUAAAUGCAAAAAAGGCUGAUGUACGAUUUCACUAACAUCACAUUACGCAUUAAUUUUUGAGUUAUAAUGCAACUUUCAAAGUUCCCAUUGCCGUAUUUUAUUUGUCAAUAAUUGCAGUAUUCUUAUCUUAUUCGCAAAACAGUUAUAGUGCGCACUAUUUGCCGUCUGUCCCCGAUCAUACCCCCCCUGUAUCCGCGCCUAGAGUCAAAUGACUAAACUUCGCAUUUUUGUUUUGAUUCUUAAACCCGUUUUAUUAUUACUAAUUAUAACUUUAGUAUAAAAAUAAACUAUAAUUCCUAGUUGUAGUAUGAUAGAAAAACAUGCUAAAUUGCAGCGCCAUCCCUUAAUUGAAAUUGUUGUUUUUCAAGAUUGCGCUGUAAUUUGGUAUGUCAUACUAUAACUGUAGAAAUCAGUUUCUGUCUUAUAGCAAAGUUUUAAUGAACUAUUAGCUAUUUGUAUCAUCAGAUAAUACUAUAAUUAUUAUUAACAUCAUCUCUUUCAUUGAUUGUAUUUCGUUAUAAAAAAUAUUUUAAAAAUAGUAUAACAGUAAAUUUCUGUCCAAAUGAAAAUGUAUUUCAAAUCUUUAUUAGAGAUGUUUCCAACUUCCAAGAUGUACAAAUAGGCCAAAUGAACCAAUUUUAAAAUCUCAUUUUUCGUUGUGCCCUUCAACGUGAAAUGCCCCCAAAAAGAAAUAAAACCUAAAGAAUAAAAGCCAUGUGAGCGUGAUAGAAAAAACGGUCGCAACUUUAAUAGCAUAUAUUAAUGAUAUACUAUAUGGCAUUUUAAAAAUAACUUGAGUCUUGUAGCACAGAAAAUAAUUUACUACACAAUGACACAAAUCUCAUGAGCCGUGAGUUUUCUUUUUAUUCGAUUCAAUUUAUAUUUCAACAAAGUUAUAUGGUCAGAUUAUGUGUAUGCGUUUUUUAAAGAAUAUAGUGAUUUUUUCAUAUUGUAUAACUAGUUUUAGAAGUAAAUUUCAAAUUAGGAUUUUAUCUAUCUACAAACUAUUUUAUCGCUGAGACUGGGAAUGCCCCAUUUGCGACAGGAUGACGAUAGGCAAUCAUAGUGUAUCAUCCUGCUCCAUUUUCAAACGUUGAUAUAAUCUAUUUCAACCAUAUGGGAGUAGAUAAGUAUUAUGGGACCACGUCUUGAUCUGAGGAGAGAUUUUUGGGAUAUGUACACCGAAUUUUUUGUCACCAACAUGUUGGGCGAUCUCCUGUAGCGCCCUCCUCCCCUAUACUUUCCUGUGAUUUCUACAUAUGAUGCUUCAACAAAACGCGCUAAAACUUUAUUUUAUUUAUAAGCUUUAUUAAAACAUACUGGUGAAACACCAAUAAUACUAGCUAGCCAUAUUUUUCUACUUGAUGUUCGUUAACCCAGCUGUAAAUUGGUAAAUAUUUAUAUAUUGAUUUGUAAUUAUCUCAAAAGUUUUUUGUUAUAUUUAGGUCAUAGUUCGAACACGAGCUAAUAAAUGUCCGAACAAUUUUUUUUGUAUUAUUUAUUGUUGGAUUAAUUUUUUUAUCAGUGAUAAGGAAAAUGGAACACUCAAUAAAAUGAUUUUAUCUGAAAGAA